CCAAUGACAGUGCGCCCUUGGCCUGACGGGCGGCAAAGAAAGCUCGGACGCCUGUGUGCGUUUACGGAGGGGGCGUGGCCAGACUGGCGUUUAGUCAGACUGCGCGGUCGGACGCCGGCGCCAUGGAGGAGUAUGCUCGGGAGCCUUGCCCAUGGCGAAUUGUGGAUGAUUGUGGUGGAGCCUUCACUAUGGGUGUCAUCGGUGGUGGAGUCUUCCAGGCCAUCAAGGGCUUCCGCAAUGCCCCUGUUGGAAUUCGGCACCGAUUUAGAGGCAGUGUCAGUGCUGUGAGGAUCCGAGCCCCCCAGAUUGGAGGUAGCUUCGCGGUGUGGGGGGGCCUAUUCUCCACCAUCGACUGCAGCCUGGUGCAGCUGCGGGGAAAGGAAGAUCCCUGGAACUCCAUCACUAGUGGAGCAUUGACUGGGGCUGUGCUGGCUGCCCGCAGUGGCCCACUGGCCAUGGCGGGUUCAGCAAUGAUGGGAGGCAUUCUCUUGGCCCUCAUCGAGGGUGUUGGCAUCCUUCUGACUCGUUACACGGCCCAGCAGUUCCGCAAUGCACCCCCGUUCCUGGAGGACCCCAGCCAGCUGCCUCCUAAAGAGGGUACCCCAGCCCCAGGCUAUCCCAGCCAUCAGCAGUACCACUGAGGAAGUGUCUGCCUAUCAUUGCCAUCGUGGGACCUCUUCUCAGUUCCCUCCCCGAUGAUCUACCUCGAAGGGAGGGCUGGCUCCCAAUUGGCCCUGGGACCAUCUAGAAAGGGCCUCUACUCUGCUCUCUUGUCCUAGGGUGGGGGUGGGGCACCCAAGCUGCCCUGAUGGAUGCGUCCCCUCCUCUUUCAGGGCACCCCAACCCCAUACUCACUUGUAACAAGCUCUCACCCCAGCCUCCUCGCAUGGCAUCUUGAUGAGUAUUUAAAGCCCAUUUUGAAAUGCC